ACUAAUACAAAACCACGAACACACGAUGCACAAUGUGUGCUUGUAAGUUAAAGAAAUGCUUUAUUAUUAUUACAUAAAUAUGUAGUAACAAUUAAGCAGUUCCUGGUUCUUUUAUAUAAGGCUUCCUCUUAUAAUUAAUCAUUCUACUUCACUAGACUUUCCUUGCAGUGCCCAAAUUAUGGCGCCACUCCUGCAACUAGUUCCAUCGAGUGCCUAUAAAGGCGGAGGCCAACAGUGCGUCUGACACUCGCCCGGAGCAGCUGACCACUCGAGUUGCGGCAGGAGCAUCGAUAGUGGCCACUUGAGUUCAUCCCGGGAAUGACUGACAGCGGGCAGCCUGCCAUUGCCGGCCACUUUUACCGGAUUCCACGCUUCUCCGGCCGCAUUGUCGGCCUCUGGCCGCAGAGGAUCAGGAGCGGGGGCGAUGGCGGUCGUCCUUGGCACGCCCACCUGCUCUUCGUGUUCGCCUUCGCGGUGGUGCUGUUGGGUGCGGCAGGUGAGGUGUCCUACGGCUGUGUCCACCUGGAUAACCUGGUGGUGGCACUGGAGGCCUUCUGCCCCGGAACCACGAAGGCCGUCUGCGUUUUGAAGCUGUGGGUCUUCUUCCGCUCCAAUCGCCGGUGGGCGGAGCUGGUGCAGCGCCUCAGGGUCAUCUUGUGGCAAUCGCGGCGGCCGGAGGCCCAAAGGAUGCUGGUCGGACUGGCCACCACGGCCAGCAGACUCAGCCUGUUGCUGCUCAGUUCUGGCACGGCGACCAAUGCCGCCUUCAAUCUGCAACCGCUGAUUAUGGGUCUGUACCGCUGGAUUAUGCAACUGCCGGGUCACAUCGAACUGCCCUUUAACAUCAUACUGCCCUCGUUUGCCGUGCAGCCAGGACUCUUUCCGCUCACCUACGUGCUGUUGACCGCUUCCGGUGCCUGCACCGUUUUCGCCUUCAGCUUCGUGGACGGAUUCUUCGUCUGCUCGUGCCUCUACAUCUGCGGUGCCUUCCGGCUGGUGCAGCAGGACAUUCGCAGGAUAUUUGCCGAUUUGCAUGGCGAUACAGUCGAUGUGUUCACGGCGCAGAUGAACGCGGAGGUGCGGCACAGACUGGCCCAAGUUGUCGAGCGGCACAAUGCGAUUAUCGAUUUCUGCACGGACCUAACACGCCAGUUCACCGUUAUCGUUUUAAUGCAUUUCCUGUCCGCCGCCUUCGUCCUCUGCUCGACCAUCCUGGACAUCAUGUUGAACACGUCGUCGCUGAGCGGCUUAACCUACAUCUGCUAUAUCAUCGCGGCCCUAACGCAGCUAUUCCUCUACUGCUUCGGAGGCAACCACGUCAGCGAGAGCAGUGCUGCUGUGGCGGACGUGCUGUACGACAUUGAGUGGUACAAAUGCGAUGCGAGGACUAGGAAAGUGAUUUUAAUGAUAUUGCGGCGUUCGCAGCGGGCAAAAACAAUUGCGGUGCCGUUUUUUACGCCCUCACUGCCAGCAUUAAGAUCUGUAGAAUGGAAUGGCAUGCGAUGCGUUGAUUAUGAUAAUAAAUGUUUAUGUUUUUGUUUCCGUUCCCCCUCCCCUUCGAUUGCAGAUACUCAGCACAGCCGGCUCAUAUAUCACGCUGCUGAAGACGUUCCUGUAAGCCCACGCGGCGUAUGAUUGAUAUGCCGGAUUGGGCGCUGUCCUCCGCUGUUUGUUUAAAUUAAGAGCUGCAACCGAACGGACCUCAAAUUGCCUGCGAAUAAAAGUGGGCGUAGCAACAAGUGCCGCCUGUCCUGGCCGUAAUUGUUUCAUUUAAAUAUUGCGCUGAUCUCCGCGUGCGGAUUCCAACUAAUGAAAAACACUUGCGGCUAUGGCCGCUUUAAUUGGCUCGGCGGUGGGGCAAUGGGGGAGAUUGGUGAAUGGGAAUGGGAUGGACACUGGAUGGGGUUGCUCCACGGCGGAGACAGUAAUGGCGUUUUUACGGCGCCAUCUUGAGGUCUGCCAAGCUGUGUGUUGUAACAACGAUUUCGUUAUUCUUUUCGCCGCCGCCGCAGCAGCAAAUAUCAAUUAUAAUUUGUGAAAUUCGAGACUCUUAUGGCGAAUGGUUGGCAAAUUCCUGCUGGCAGUUGGUGCAGGAAUUUUAUUAUUUAAAGCAUAGGAACAUCUGCAAAAAAAAAACAAAUCAAUGGUCUAUAAACUUGUUUAUGUGCAGCUCAAAUAAAUAUAUGUAACUUAUUUACUUUGCCGAAGUAAUGACGUGAAUAAAUCCCUAUGAAUUUAUAUGCCAUUUGGUUUUUUUUCUUCGACCACUUCAUUUGCAUUUCUGUGA